AUGGGCAUGUUCCGCCGUUUGAAGACGAGCGGGAGGAAAAAGAAUGGGGCAGAAAACGACAAGCAUACCGAGGAGCCAGCCGAAGAGUUGUUCUCCACGGCAGGCGCAUACGGACUCAAAACGGUAGCGGAAAGCGCGACUGACAACGUAGACAUCGUGUUUGUCCACGGCCUCACUGGUAACCGCGAAUCAACAUGGACGUACAACAAUUCCCUCUUUUGGCCCAAAGACCUCCUCGCGAAGGACCUUGAUCACGUGCGCAUCUUCACCUUUGGCUAUGACGCAGAUGUGGUCAAACUCCUUAACACCGCGGGCGGAAACACUGUACGCGACCACGGCAAAUCUCUCGCGCAAGACCUUUCUUUGCGAAGAGCAGAAACGAACUCGGUACGCAAAUACCAAGUCUAG